AUAUAACUCUUCAAAAUAUGUUUCUUCUGUUUCCGACCACCAAUUAGUACCCCAAACCUUUGAGUGCAGUUCGGUCUGUUCUAGUCGAGCAAAGGGUCUGAACCCGAUCGAGGAGUCAGAUAAGGGUUCGACCCUGACCGUUCCAUUCAAAGCAAAAAAAGAAGGAAACAAGAUUCCAAAAAUUGAAUAAGGAUUCAUAGUAUAGAUAACUAGUGCGGGAUAUUGCAAGAUGGAAGGAACUAAACUAAACUGGUUGCUGAUCUCGUUUCUCGCUUUCGCUUCGAUUCUUCCCCUCCUUAGAGCUGAUAUUGCGGAAUACGAUGAGGUGUGGCGGAGGCGGGCGGCGGAGGCCUACAACCGGACUGUCCAGGCUUACCACCCAGACCCUCUAAAAGUAGUCAUGCACUUCAACAAGCAUGUAAAUAAGCACGUUGAGGAAUCAGGAGGACUGGAUGAUGUGAUGAUGUUGAACACCACGAGGAGGCACCUAGGAAAGGCAUACAAAGGUCCAUGCAAGGUUACCAACCCCAUUGACGCUUGCUGGAGGUGCAACCCCAAGUGGCACUUGAACAGGUUUAGGCUCGCAGAUUGCGGGAUGGGGUUCGGCAGCAAGGCCACCGGCGGAAAGGGCGGUAGAAUCUACAUGGUGACUGACAAAUCCGACGAUGAUGUUUUGAACCCAAAGCCUGGAACCCUUCGCCACGCUGUGAUCCAGGAGGAGCCUCUGUGGAUCACGUUCAGGCGUAACAUGGUCAUCAAGCUCAAACAAGAAUUGAUGGUGACGAGUGACAAGACUAUCGAUGGACGUGGCGCCAUAGUCCAGAUUGCUUAUGGGGCAGGCAUCACUAUUCAGUUUGUGAAGAAUGUAAUCAUCCACAACUUGAAGAUUCACCACAUCGUGGAGAAGGACGGUGGUCUUAUUCGGGACUCGGCCAGCCACACCGGCCUCCGAACUCAAAGUGAUGGCGAUGGAAUCUCAAUCUUUGGGUCCCAGGAUAUCUGGAUCGAUCACGUCUCCAUGACAAGAUGCGCUGAUGGACUUAUUGACAUCAUCCAGGGGUCCACUGGCAUCACCAUCUCCAACAGUCACUUCACUGACCAUGACCACGCCAUGCUUUUCGGUGGCAACGACAAGUACCCUGGCGACGAGAAAAUGCAAAUCACUGUGGCUUUCAACCACUUCGGGAAGAGAAUGGUGCAGAGGAUGCCAAGGUGCCGAUACGGCUUCUUCCACGUCGUGAACAAUGACUACACUCAUUGGAAGAUGUAUGCUAUCGGUGGAAGCAGCCACCCCACGAUCAUUAGCCAGGGCAACCGAUACAUCGCGGAUCACCCUUACGCCAAGCAGGUGACGAAAAGAGAGUGUCCGGAAUCAGAGUGGAAGCACUGGACAUGGGUGACAGACGGCGAUCUUUUCCUGCGUGGAGCAUACUUCAUCCCAUCUGGAGAUCAGGAUUGGCCCAGCAAGCACCCCGAAAAGUCCGACAACAUCAAGCCUGCAUCGGCCAAACUCGUCUCACAAAUGACCAAGUUUGCGGGUCGACUUGGUUGCAAACUAAAGUAUGCAUGCUAGAUAUCUAUACAUGGCUGAUUUACACUCAGCUUCCGCCUCAUCAAUAUCACUGGCCGGUGGCAAAAGAAGGAAACAGAAGAAUCACAGCACCUUUAUAUAUAUAUAUAUAAUUAACUGAAAUAAAACUAUAAGAAAUAUCGGUAAUAAGAAGGACAUAGAUUACUUGCAAUAAUAGAAUUUAUAUUUCUUAUAGUAUAAGGGAAGUAAUGGGACUAAGAGUGGUUGGAACAAUAUGGAUGAGGGGGAAGACACUUAAAUUUGACACAAAUCAGUACCAUUUUUUAGCUUUCAAUUUGUGUAAUUUUUUACUUUUCACGCUUUCUGCUGUACAUAAAGUUAUUUUAAUAAAUAUGGUAUUUUGUUACACCCAA